AUGUGGUUGAGAGAGGUCAGGGCCAACAACACGUUUGGAUACUGCCACGUCCAACACCUCGCAAAGACCGAAUGGAAUCUCCACACACAACAAGUGCAGGUCGUUGAAACGAGGAUGCGGGUGAGGCGUCUGGAAUUAGCAUUCUGGCUCCGUGCGCAGUCUGGGUGCUCCCAUGACUAUUACCGGGGGGAUCGACAAAGACGGAUCAGACGGACAGAACCCAGAGAUGCAGAAACCAGGAAAGCUGGGCGGGGACUGAACUUUUUCCGGUCCCACUUACAAAUUGGGGUCCGUGUGAAUGGCGUGGAAACCCGUGACCCGGGGAAUGACGGCCCGGGCAUUGGCACAGCCCACAUUACUGCGUAUUGA